AUGGCUUUCCGAGUGCCAGCGUCAGUCUGUCUCUUAUUCAAUGCAAUGGCAGCGCUGACAGAAGAGGUAGCCUCGAACGGAACACUCGCGAUCACAGCCGAGCAAAGUAGUUGGGUAGUUAACAAAACAAAAGCUGACUACCCAGAAGGACCCAUAGCCUUGAAGUUCUCGCAUCCUUGCCUGGAAGACCACAAUAGUUACUGCAUCAAUGGUGUGUGUGCCUUCCAUCACGAGUUGAAGAAAGCCAUCUGCAGGUGUUUUACUGGUUAUACUGGAGAAAGGUGUGAGCAUUUGACCUUAACUUCUUACGCUGUGGAUUCUUAUGAAAAAUACAUUGCAAUUGGGAUUGGCGUUGGAUUAUUAUUAAGUGGUUUUCUUGCUAUUGUUUACUGCUACAUAAGAAAGAGGUGUCUAAAAUUGAAAUCCCCUUACAAUGUCUGUUCCAGAGGAGGACCGCUGUGA